CUGUCUUGUGUGCGCGAGCUGGGCUCCGGCGGGCGCGCGCCCGGCUGUGUGACGUCACGGGUGUGAAGAAGAUGGCGGCGCUCGUGAAGGCGGAAGUGUUGCAGUUUCAUCCUCCCUGGAUCAUGUGACUGCCUCCUGCAGACCGGAGGAGUGUGUGAACUUCACCAUGAACAACAAGGACACGACCACAGAGUCCGAGACCAGCGGUCAGAUGAAAGUGUUUUUACCCAAUAAGCUGCUGGAGUGUUUGCCUCGCACCACCACUUUACCCAAAGAGAGACUGCGCUGGAACACCAACGAGGAAAUUGCAUCGUUCCUGAUUUCGUUCGACAAACAUGACGAGUGGCUUUCUUGCACGCUUAAGACCAGGCCACAGAACGGCUCCAUCAUCCUGUACAAUCGCAAGAAGGUCAAAUACCGGAAAGAUGGAUAUUGCUGGAAGAAGAGGAAGGACGGAAAGACGACCAGAGAGGAUCACAUGAAGCUGAAGGUUCAGGGCAUGGAGUGUCUUUAUGGUUGUUACGUUCAUUCCUCCAUCGUCCCAACAUUCCACAGAAGAUGCUAUUGGCUGCUGCAGAACCCAGACAUCGUUCUAGUGCACUAUCUGAACGUGCCGUCGCUGGAGGACAGUGGGAAGUCCUGUGGACCGGUCUCAUGUGCUCUGACCGACCGCAGGGACAGUCUGCGCUGGAGCCGAGACGAACUGCUGUCUCAACUCAAACCCAUGUUCCACAGCUUGAAAUGGUCUUGUGGAGGCAACGGUUCUGUGGAGCUCUCAGUGGAGCAGAUGGUGCAACAGAUCUUAGAAACACAACAGACCAAACCACAACCUCGAACACACACCUGCCUCUGCGCUUCUCCUGGAUCCAACAUUCCUCACCGCUGCAACAGCACCAGACAUCGCAUCAUCUCGCCCAAACUGCCCACCCCUCACCCCACCCUCAAUGAGCUGAAGAAUCCUUCUCUGCGGGAGGCGGGACCGGGCGAUGCGUUAGUCGCUGUUGUACCUUCGGAGAGGAAGCAGCCUGAAGAGGGUGGGAGGGGCGAUGAUCCGGGCGGCGUGGCUUCCCCAUGCUCCGCCUCCUCCUCGUCCUCCAGUCCACCCCAGACGCAGCGGGCGGGGACAAUCGCUCUUAGCAACGGAAAUGGAUUCUAUGGUGACCAGCAGGGUGGAUUGGCAGCAGUCAUUGUCAUGACGACAGCAACCCCGGUGGGGUGUGGCUAUGGGGAGGAGCUAAAUGCUGAGUUAGGCUCCACCCACCUGUCAGUCACCCGUGCCGGCGGACGUCUCGUUCUAUCUCCUGUGCCGUCCAAACAGGACACGCCCUCCCCAACAAGCUCCACCUCCCCAUCUAGCCCCACCCCUCCCAAUCAAGGCGUGGCCACGCUUUCACUCACUUUCCUGCCCAGCCCUGUGAUUGGAGGACUGCUGCUGACUGAAACCCCUGGGACAAUCCUGCCCCCAAACCCGACGUCGCCAUCACCCUCGCUGCUCCCAUUUGACCCUGACUCCUUCCUAAACAGCCCCAAACAGGGGCAGACCUACGGAGGACCCGGUCUCACACCUCACUCAGUCUCCGCCUCCUCUUCCCCAUCUCCACCUCCUUCAAUAUCUCCUCAGCCACUGUCUCUUGCUCUGUCUCUUUCUCCCACAUCUCCUCCAUCGUCUCUAUCCUCUCUCUGUUCUGAGACGGAGAGGAAGAGUAUUCCAGGUCGUCCCUCGUCCUCACUGUCUUUUUCACUCUCUCCGACGCGAACGACUCCCGCGCUGCUCCCGCUGUGUCUGGAGAUGUCUUUAGGACUAGAUUCUUUGAGUUCUCCUCUGUCGGUCCCACCCUCCGACGACAGAGCUCCUCCCACUGGAUUCACCGCUCAAGUCCCGCCCGGUCAUCUCCUAACCAAUCCUCUCUCGCCCGCCACCCAAAUAACAUCCUCUCUUGAGGUGCUGCCAACCAAUCAGCUGCCACCAGAGGGAGAAAAGGCGGAGUCACAGCACUCCAUGUGCAUUCAACCUCCGAAUCAGACACCACCCCCAGCCACGCCCCCAACUGUGAGUCCUGUACAAGUGAAGGAGGAGCAGUCUCCGCCCACUCAUACACAUUUCGAAUCAGAAGUCACGCCCAUGGACACCACCCACUGCGGCCAUAUAGACGGAGAGGAGGCUGGGCUUACAUUUGACUCCGCCUUCCCCGACCUCAUAUCUGAGCACAUUAUAGAGGAGCCUGUCAGUCACCUUCCCACCCUGGCUCCGCCCGUUUACCCCAUCCGCUACAUGGUUCCUCCACAGCCGACACCGUCCACCUCAUUCCUGCCCUUCCCUCUUCUUACAAACCCUGGAGGAAACCCAGCAGAAACCCAGCGGCUGGCCAACAUCACAGACUUCUCGCCCGAAUGGUCGUACCCCGAGGGCGGCGUGAAGGUGUUGAUCACAGGCCCAUGGUCAGAGACAGACGGACGAUACUCCUGUGUGUUUGACCAGAGCAGAGUUACAGCUUCUCUCAUCCAGCCAGGAGUCCUGCGCUGCUACUGUCCGGCUCAUGAAGCUGGACUCGUCGCUCUGCACGUGUUGAAGGACUCCAGUGCCGUCUCCUCCUCAGUGUUGUUCGAGUAUCGUGCUCGCAACGCCUCGUCCUUACCGAGCUCACAGCUGGACUGGUUAUCACUGGAUGAUAACCAGUUCAGGAUGUCGAUUCUGGAGCGUUUGGAGCAGAUGGAGCGGAGAAUGGCAGAAAUGUCAAGUAACAAUCAGCAGAAUCAACACAUGAAUCACUAUCAUCAGCAGCUGUCGAGGAACCAGAGCUCUGCUCCGCGCUUGACUCCUGAAAACCAGUCGGGGCUGUGGUUCGAGCGCAGGAUCGUGGCCGUGUGUGAGCGGAUGAUGGCCGGCGGUCGCUGGGAUCGAGACGCUGAGAGAGACACACUCACACACUCCGUCAGACACCGAGGGAUGACACUGCUGCACCUCGCCGCCGCGCAGGGAUACACACAGCUCAUACACACACUCAUACGCUGGAGGAGUAUCAGUGUGAAUAGUCUGGAUCUGGAACAGGAAGUGGAUCCUCUGAACGUUGAUCAUUUCUCCUGCACACCUCUGAUGUGGGCGUGUGCUCUGGGUCAUCAGGCCGCGGCGGUGUUGUUGUACCGCUGGAGCAGUGCGGCUCUGGGGAUCCCGGACUCUCUGGGUCGUCUUCCUCUGGCCGUGGCACGUUCACGAGGACACACACGUCUAGCGCGCUGUCUGGAGGAGCUACACACACACUCGCAGACGCAGGAACACACACUGGACACACCCUCUCCUCCGUCUCCACUGUCCAGCAGCCCUGACACGGGUCUGAGCUCGUCUAGCAGUGUCCCCUCCCCCAGUGACCCGCCCUCUCCCUCCCCAAGCUCCGCCUACUCCAGUGGCUCUGUUCCUGACCCCAUGGACUCCGCCUCCACCCCCUCCUCCCCGUUCUCAGCCCCGCCCCCGGCUGGUUCCACCGACUCGCUCUUCCUGAUGGACUGUGAGGUCUCGAGUCCCUCGGCCCCGGAGCUCGCCGACGAGCUGCUCAGCUACAGCGAGAACGCCGAGAACGAGGACUUCCUGUCUGACGAGGUCCUGCAGGUUGACAUGGCAACGCUGGCCGAGCAGAUCAUCGAGGCCACUCCUGAGCGAAUCAAACAGGAGGAGUUUAACCGGGAGGCGGAGUCACCACUGCGAGAGAGGCGGGACAAUCCUGCCAUUCACGACACCAUGCCGUGGCUCGCCACAUACCUGGACACCGUCGACAGGGGUCUGUGUCCCACCCCUCCCUCGCUCCUCAGUGAUUUGGCGCUGCAGAGGCUCCGCCCCCCAAGCAGCGCGGCGUGGGCGGAGUUUCUGAACGCCUCAGCCAAUGGAAGGAUGGAGAGAGACUUCGCUCUGCUGACGCUGACGGACACGGAGCAGAGAGAGCUGUAUGAAGCUGCACGUGUCAUCCAGAACGCCUUCCGCAGAUACAAGGGGCGGAGGCUAAAGGAGCAGCAGGACAUGGCUGCAGCAGUAAUACAGCGCUGUUACCGCAAAUACAAACAGCUAACUUGGAUAGCACUGAAGUACGCUCUCUAUAAGAAGAUGACGCAGGCGGCGAUACUGAUCCAGAGUAAGUUCCGCAGUUAUUACGAGCAGAAGAAGUUCCAGCAGUCUCGGCGAGCGGCCGUCCUCAUCCAGCAGUAUUACCGCAGCUAUAAAGAGUACGAGCGCGUCAAGCAGGGCCCGCGCGGCCCCGGGGCCCUCAGCACCAAGCUCAAAGGCUCGUUCCUGACCAAGAAACAGGAUCAGGCCGCGCGGAAGAUCAUGCGCUUCCUCAGACGCUGCAGACACAGGAUUAAGGAGCUGAAACAGAGUAAAGAGCUGGAGCGCAAAUAACACACACACACACACACACACGCUCACACACACACACACACACAUACGCUCACACACACACGCUCACACACACACACACACACACACUUGUUUUCUCCCGUCGUCGCUGAAACACUACUGCUAUGUUCAGUUUUCCUGAAUGUUGGGAAUGUUUUCUGUAUAGAUGUAAACAUACGCUGUGUGAUCAGAAACCCUUCAGAUUAUUUAUUGAUCUCUUGGAGAUGUAUUUUAUAAACCACAGAAUGAACCGUAUCCAGAGUCUUAAAUCGUAGUUGCCAUGGUAACAGACGGCGGAACUGUAAGUUGCCUAGUGACGAACACGCGAUGGUUCGUUAAAGAUCAUCACCGUUCAUGAUAAUGAUAAUGAGUAUAACAUCAGUCCAGUAAACAGAGGAAAUCAUUUCGAUUGGUCAGUUUAUAAGAGCAGGUCAGAAUCAGUGUGAUCGUCUCCUGAUCUCGUGUGUGUUUGUGUGAAUCUGCUCACACUCACAUUACUGUACGUUACUGUAUGUUACUGUACGUUACUGUACAUCAGUUUAUCUGUGUAACACAACAGAUUCUGCUGUGUCUUCAGUCUGAUUCAAACACUCCUGUUCUUCAGUUCUGAAACUCCAGAUUCAACACACAGCCCUGAAUCCUUCUGAGAUUAAGGACAUUAGUUUCUCAUUGUUUCUACAUUACAUUUUUUGGUCUCCCCAAAACAACUAAUUUAUCUUUCCAAAAAAUGUUCCUCUAAAAAACUCUCUCUCCAAUUUAUUUUCUCUUUCCAAAAAGAAAUGUAUCCACCCCUAGAAUAUUUUCCCAAAUUAUAAAAAAAAUGUAAAAAAAAAAAAAAAUCAAAAUUCGAAAGAUUUUUUUAAUUUAUUUUGAAAUUCAAGAAUUUUCAAACAUUUUUAUUCUCAUGAAAAAUAACUUUUUCUCUUCAGAUGUAAUUUUUUUGGGCCUCUCUUCAAAAAUCUUUUUCUAAAAAAAAAAAUCCAAAGAUUUCUGAGAAUAUUUCAGGCUUUGGCUCAGGGAAACGUUCCUGUAUGAGCAGAAUAAAGAUAUAAAAACGGUGAAUUAUAAUCACAAAUCAGACAUUUUUCUGUCAGUUGUGAGUUUACGUGUCACAGUAUAUCCCCAGAAUAAUUCUGUGUUUAUGAUGAAUAGCUCAAGUAAUCUUCCAUGAUUGUGUGAUCUCAGAGCGUCACUAGGAAUCAGUUUUAAUGAUAUUUCUGAAUGUGCCUUGAGCUGUUUUUAUCUGAAGAACUCGUUCUGUCUCGAUGCAGAUCUUUAUGCAUUAGUCUGUAAAUACUGUACAAUAUAAAGAGCUGGUGAAAAUAUAUUUAAGAAUGAAGACUUGCUUCUGCCUGAUGAAAUGUUUAAUUUAUGAUAUGCACGCUUCUAUAUACCCAUGAGAUUCUUCAGCAUGUGUUUGCUUGCUGCUGUUUAUGGUUUGCAUGAGUGUGUUUCUGUUCAUAUCUCCACUCACAGGCCUUUAGCUCAUGCUGACGUGACUUUAUUUAUGAAUAUAGAUUCAUGGACAUGUUUGAAUUGAUUUCUACUGUAUGAAUUCAUUGACAUUUUGCAGAUAUUUGUUCAGGCUGUUUUACCGUUUCAUAACGUUUCAUUAAAAUUCUUCAAAUUCAA